CCCACGCAAAUGUAGAGAGAGAGCAAAGAAACAGCCAAUUUUGUUUUCCAAUUCAACUCAGCUUCCGUCGACUCAAACAUUUCUACUCAACUUCCACGUUUUUCUUCUCAUCACUUCUAUCAUCUAUAUCUCUCUUCCACCACCACCACCACCACCACUAUGUCGAUAAAAACCGUCAAGGUCAGCAAUCUUUCUCUGGGAGCAUCAGAGCGUGAUGUUCACGAGUUCUUUUCAUUUUCUGGUGAUAUUGAAUAUGUUGAGAUGCGAAGUGAUACUGCACGAUCUCAAAUUGCAUAUGUUACCUUCACGGAUGUGCAGGGAGCUGAGACUGCAAUCCUUCUUUCGGGCGCAACAAUUAUAGACAUGACUGUGGAAAUCAAUCCAGAGCCAGAUUACAAGCUUCCUCCUGCUUGUGCACUACCUCAGGAGCAAUCGGACAAAAAGACUGGAGGAGGUGCUGAAUCCGCCUUGCAAAAGGCAGAGGACGUUGUGAGCAGCAUGCUUGCAAAGGGUUUCAUCUUAGGUAAGGAUGCUGUUAACAAAGCAAAAUCUUUUGAUGAGAAGCACCAAUUGACCUCGACAGCAAGUGCCAAAGUUUCGUCAAUUGACAAAAAGAUUGGGCUGACUGAGAAGAUAUCGAUUGGAACUUCCAUUGUGAAUGAUAAAGUACGUGAAGUCGAUGAGAAACUACACGUUUCUGAGAAAGCAAAAUCAGCAUUAGCAGCUGCUGAGCAAACUGUCAGCAAUGCUGGAUCUGCUAUUAUGAAGAACAGAUAUGUUCUCACCGGCACUACAUGGGUAACCGGGGCUUUCAACAAAGUCACCAAGGCGGCCGGGGAAGUUGGGCAAAAGACAAAGGAGAAAGUUGGGAUUGUUGAAGAUGAGCAGAGAAGGAAAAUGGUGGAUGACUUCGCUGAGGUUCAUUUGUCAGAGUCUCCUAAAGCAUCUGAUUCAGCAGAGCAUCCUUCCAAGCCUGCUCCUCCAGUACAAGGUUUGGUUCUCUGAUUUAUGGCCUCGUAAAUACUUUCAAGAUCCUUGGUUUCUGAUUCUGAUAAUAGGUUAAAAUGGUGAUCUCCUUGAAGGAUAUUGCUUCCAUUUUAUAUGUUGAAACUUGCAACUUUGUCAGUGUCUUGUUUGUUGCUUUGCAUAUUAUACAUCAAGCCAAAAACUGUAAACAUUAAUAGUUGGUGGAUGGACUAGUUGUUGAUUAUUGAAUUCAUUUGUUGGUUUA